UCUCAUGCCCCCACUCGUUGCUACACAUCAAUAUCUUCAAUCAUGUCUAUAUGAAACAAAUUGACUUUAAUUAAGCAUUAUGCAAAGCGUCAGUCUCUCAGAGCGCUAAUCCCCAGAGUUCGCCUCAAUUGCUGGUACAGCGCCUAAAUUAGUCGAGCAGCGACACUCAGCCGGUUCACUUGCAACAUGAAGAGCGACGAGAUCAUCGAAAAGAUACGCAGCAAGCUAAAGGAGUCAGAUCCUGCCCGGCGCACCGUUGUCAAUACAUUUCAAUUCAAUUUCACCGAUGCGGAUGGUAAUCUCAUCAAGAGCAUGGCGUUGGAUAUCUACGAGGGGAAUGCUUCUGGUGCUGAUGCACAAGUCACCAUUUCGGAUGAGGAUUUCUAUUUGGUGGGCACUAAGCAGAAAACUUUUCAGGAGGUUUUGGAGCAGGAGAAGGCUCAGAUUGAUGGCGAUGAGGAAGCUAUUAAUAAAAUGCUGGAGAAGUUUCGCAUAAAUUCUAAAAACUAAUUGAGUGAUGUGAAUUAUUAUGCAUGCAUUUUAUUUUGUUUACUAUAUAUUUAUGUAACGUGGAUUAUUUGCUUAAUUUCCCUCCCUAUAAUGACUGCAAUCAGCAUAAAUAAAUACUUUUUUUAUAAAGGUA